UACAGUUAUAAUGGAAAUGUCACAGUCAAGGUGCAACUCAACAAGUUCUCAAAAGAGAGUGGAGUUAACAACAUUUGUAUCAGUGGGUUGCUGCGUAUCGUCUUGGAGCCUCUCGGUGGUAGUGGCUCUUUAGUGGAAGCAGUUACAUUUUACUUCUUGCAGCGGCCUCACGUUGUCAUUGAGUGGUCAGGACUGGCAACCCUUUUAAACAUUGAAGGAUUAAGAACAAUUGCAGACAAUAUAAUUCUGGAUAUAGUUGAUGGACUCCUGUUACUGCCAAAAAGAUAUACAGUACCUUUAGUGUCUGAUCUUAAUAUCCUUCCACUUCUCUUUCCUAUGCCAAUGGGCAUCGUAAGGAUAUUCUUGAUAGAAGCUAAGGAGUUGAUGCGGAGUGACUUAUGUGACGAGUCAGAUGCUUAUACAGUGAUUCACCUGGGCGAACAGACCUGGAGGAGUACAACCAUUUUCAACUCGCAGAACCCCCAAUGGAAUGAGAUUUUUGAGGCUGCAGUUCAUGAAGCCAACGGUCAAAUUCUUGAAAUUGCCAUUUAUGACAAAGACAAUGUUAAAAAGGACGACUCCCUCGGCAGGCUUUGUGUGGAGCUUUCAGAGGUUUACAGCGAAAAAUGCAUUGACAGGUGGUUCCAGCUGAGUCAUGCAAAGACUGGGUCCAUCCAUCUCAUGAUGCAGUGGUUUAAUUUAAAGACUGAGGCCAAACAAAUAGAGGAGAUGGCGUGUCUAAACGAUUGUAUUCCUAAUAAAAUGAAGGGACAGCUCUCGUCUGCAUUUCUAUUGGUAUACCUUACGGUCAUUCGGAACGAAAAACAAAAAAGAAAGACCACAAAGGACCAAGACCUUUAUGUAGAGUUCAAUGCUGGGCAUAAGAACAUAUGCAGAGUGGUCAGUCAUGAUUUCACAAAUCCGCUGUGGUAUGAGGCGUUUCAUUUUCUUAUAACUGAUCCACACACUCAAGAAGUUGCAGUCAAGAUUAAAGAUAAAUGUGGCCAACAGAAAACUAUGUACAUUCCUCUGAGGACAUUUCUGGAUGCUAAUGAUUUUACAGUAACUAGGACCUUGCACUGGGGAAACAUAGGGCCCAACAAUUCAGUUAAUAUGCAAUUUGUCUUCAGGACACUGGCUGCUGGUUUUGAUACAAAUUUGCCACACCUUCCCAGUAAAGAAAAGUUCAACUCAAAUGGCAAAGAAAGUUCCGGAAAAAACAUUCCAAUGGCAAAACUGAAAAGCUCAAAAAGGAAAAAUACAAAUCAAAAUGCAACUGAUAAUCUUGUUGAAGAGGCAGACUGAAUCCUUCACAAAUUACACUGGGCCAACAGCUGAGAAGUUUUGACAUACUCUUCAAAGCACUAAGCAGU